ACACCAUAUGAAUUACGGCUCCAAAACGCGCUCCUGGAAUCAGAGGCGAGAGAUUCCACUCGAAAAGAUGCCUUAAUGGAAGCACAGGCAGGCCUGGUACUGUCUAACCUGUAUUCUGUACAGGUUAAUAGACAGCUACAGGCAAAGGAGGAGAAGAAAAGCACCAAAGGGAAGAAGAGGUUGAUGGGAGAUGGGAAAGCAAAGUUAUUUACUGGAGAUGAGUUUUACCAACUCUGUGUAGACGAUGAGCAGCAGCGACAAGAAGAUAUUGAGAAUGCGAACAAACGUCGGGAUGCAAGGCAGGCACAAGCUGAAAAGAUCUCGGAAUGGAAGAAGGAUAACGAAGCAAUUAAAGAGCAAAAUAAGGCAAAGAAGGAAGAAUUUUCGGUAGCAGUGGCAGCAUGGGAG